AAAAAAUAUUAAAGUAAUGGGAGCUACAUGUUGUGCUGCAAAACAAAUAGCAAAUACGGAAAUAUUGAAUGCUGCUCCUGAGGAGUUCAAUCAACACAUUGAUAUAGAGAAACCUAAAGAAGCAAAUAAUUAAAACGAGGAACUAGAACAUGUGAAACUGGUUGAAGAGCCACCUUAUAUUCCAGUUGAGGAACCAGCUCCAGGAAAUCCACCAGAUGAUGUAUUAUAAAUUUAUAUUUUAGGCUUCUAGAGAAAAACAGAGACAACAAAUAAGUUCUCAUGGUCCUAACCCAGAAGAUGCAAAACCAUAUGAAAAAAUACCAACAAUAGAAAAUGAAAUGGUACGUAAGACUCUAGAAAAACUUGGAGAAUAUCAUUACGAUUCUGAAUCGUUUUCAAAGUUUAAUGAUUGUAUUGAAUUGGAACCUUAUGUAAAUACAAGUUGUUAACUAAUAGUAAUUUGAGAAUGGAGCUAUAUAUGUAGGUUAAUGGAAAAAUCAUUAAAGGUGGGGAAGAGGAAAAUAAUACUGGCCAGAUGGAUCUAUUUAUGAAGGAUUUUGGAGUAGUCACACAGCUAAUGGAAAAGGUAGAUUGAUUCAUGCUGAUGGUGAUGCUUAUGUAAUAAGAUAUUAUAUAAAUAUAGGAUGGUGAUUGGGUAGAUGAUAGAGCUUAAGGAUAAGGAACUUAUUAUCAUGUUGAUGGAGCUAAAUAUGAAGGAGAUUGGUUAGAAGAUUAAUAACAUGGUAAAGGAACUGAAAUGUGGCCAGAUGGUGCUUAAUAUAUAGGAAGUUAUGUUAAUGGUAAAAAAGAUGGAAAAGGUAAAUUUAAAUGGAGUGAUGGAGCUACUUAUGAAGGAGAUUUUAGAGAUAAUAAUAUUGAAGGUAUUUUUAUUGUUUAAAUCUUUAGGACAUGGUGAAUAUAUAUGGGCUGAUGGAAGAAAAUAUAAAGGAUAAUGGUAAAAUAAUAAAAUGCACGGAAAAGGAGAUUUUAAUUGGCCAGAUGGAAAAUAAUAUAGUGGUAUUAUAUUUAUUCAUAUUUUAGGGGAUUAUGUGGAAGAUAAAAAAGAAGGCUAUGGAAUAUUUAAAUGGUCUGAUGGAAAAUAAUAUAAAGGUUAUUGGAAAGAUGGAAAAUAACAUGGCAAAGGUAUUCUAGUUGAUAAAGAUUAAAGAGAAGUUGAAGCUGAAUGGGUUGAAGGAAAAAGAAUCAGAUAAGAAUGAUUAUCAUUAUAUUAUUAUUAAAUUCAAUACUG